UCCCACUCUCUUCAUUCCACUAACACACUCCCUCUUCCUCAUCAACAAUUCUUCUAAAAUUAGGGUUUGUCUGAGAGGAAGAUAUUAAGAAUGGAUGCGAAGAGCUCCACGACACUUGCCUUCUUUUUCUUACUCAACCUCCUCUUCUUUUCCCUGUGUACUGCAUGGACCCCGCCUAAUCCUACCCCGAGCCCUUCAGGUGGCACUUGCCCCAGGGAUGCGCUAAAGCUAGCUGUCUGCGCCAACGUGCUGGGUGGCCUCCUCAACAUUACGAUUGGGACCCCUCCAAAGGAGCCAUGCUGCUCUCUCGUCCAGGGGCUCGUCGACCUAGAGGCCGCUAUCUGCCUUUGCACCGCGAUCAAGGCGAACGUGCUCGGUAUCAAUCUCAACAUCCCGCUCUCUCUCAGCUUGCUCCUCAACGUUUGCGGGAAGAGUGUCCCUAAGGGUUUCCAAUGUCCUUAAGUAUAUGUGCGGUGAGGCUUUAAACUAUGAAUUAUUGCGUGUCCCAAAUUGGAGGGGGUUUCUUUAUCUUGAUUUUCCCAAGUCAACAGUGCUAUCUUCUGAAUUGUGUGGGGUUGGUCAUAGUCUAUACACUAAAUAAAACUUCGUCGGGACACUAUGUGAUAGUGUCAUUUGCAUUUACGAUUGUAAAAGAUCAAGCGAUCGUUUUAAUUUGAAUAAAGUAUGAUUUUGAGGUAUCA